GUGAAGUAUUAUGUGAUGGGGACAACAAAAGCUUGUCGAUAUCCCUUGAAAAUAGUUGACAAAUGGAAGGCAUUAUUUUUUAUUUAUGCGACUGGAACUUAUAUUUGGCAUGCAUCGAUCCUUAACUUUAUUUUCCCCUUACCAAUUGAACAUGCUGUUAUUCAAAUAUUAUGCUUUAAGAUUCACAUAAUUGACCUAGUGAUUUUACAAGUUGUGGUAUUCUUUUCGACAUGUGAUGCGGUAGACUUUCACCAUUCGCUACUAAGUGAGUUCCACUUAUCGACUGAUCCUCAAAAAAAAGAAAGGGUCAUACAGAUGUUUCUUGGAUGCCAAACUUUUCGAUUGCAUGGUAAUAUGGAACAUGAAGACCGGAGAUCUACUUUUCAGGCUUUUAAAACUGAGAAAUAUGCUUUGCUUUUGUCCACUGAUGAUUUUGCUAGAGGCUUGGAUUUUCCAAAGGUUCGAUGCAUCAUACAAUAUGAUUCUCCUGGGGAAGCUACUGAAUAUGUGCACAGAGUUGGUAGAACUGCUUGUCUGGGUGAAAGGGGAGAGUCCUUGUUAUUUCUGCAACCAGUUGAAAUAGAUUAUUUACAGGACUUGGAGAAACAUGGUGUUUCACUAGCAGAGUAUCCUCUUCUCAAAGUGAUGGAUAAUUUUACAUUACACGGACAGAACAAACAAGUAAAGAAGUCUAUUUUCAUGGACUUGCAUCCUUGGGUCCUUUGUCUCCAGAAGGCACUUGAAUCAUUCAUCAUUUUCAAGCCCAAGAUGAAUGAACUUGCUAGGAAGGGAUUUUGCUCUUGGGUCCGUGCUUACACAGCACAUCGUGGUGAGCUGAAAAGAAUAUUUAUGAUCAAGAAACUUCACUUGGGGCACGUGGCCGAAAGCUUUGCAUUGAAACAACAACCAUCCUUAGUUGGACAAUCCUUCCAAAAGCAAAAUAAGAAGAGAAAGAGAUUUGAGAAGAAAAGUGGGCUAUUGAAAAAGAGAAAAGUUGCUAGAGUGACUUAAUGCAAACCAUGACAAUGGCUGAUGAUGCAGUUUUGAUGAAGCAAAUGAUAAUGAAAAUGACAACUAUGGAUGGAUACCGACAUACUGUGUCACGGGAAUCUGGAUCAUUAUCCCCUAAAGCCAUAGGAUUCGAUACAAAGCUGACACUAAGUGAUCCGAGAUAAAGUAUCGUAAGGAGUCCUUCUUCCAUUGGGGCACUGUUCUGUUGUCGACAUGAGCUGAGUAAAGCUUUAUAUGCUUGAUGCUUGGUACUUCCGUUGUGUAUCAUUUAACUUGUACUAUAUAAUAUACGGUAAUUAUGUAA